GAGAUGAGACUUUUUAUUGGGCUUUAGGUUUGGCCCAUUACAGGGAUAUUAGCGUCUAUUUAACAAAAGUGAGAGCUAAUUUGGUUCGAGGGGAGAACAAAGUUAUGCCAUUAGCUAAGUUUAGACAAUUACCAAAACUGCUUGCGUCUCUCAUUCUAACGUUAAACAAAAUAAACCUCCCAACAAAACUUAAGCUUUUCUUUUUUUCUGUCUAUGUCUAUAGCUUUUGAACAAAACCACUGAAAAGAAGGGAAAAAAACAAUAAUUUGUACAUAAAUUAUACAAAAACCAGAGGAAACUAAAGAUCAUAAAAAAUAGAGCGAAAAGAUGAAUGACUUAUUCUCAAAUUCAUUCAAGCGGAACCAGGCUCAAAUGAGCGAUGUCGAGGCAGGUCAAGAAACGAUGAACCUCGACAAAUUCUUCGAGGACGUGGAGAAUGUCAAAGAUGACAUGAAAGGAGUCGAGACUCUUUAUAAGAAGCUUCAAGGCUCGAACGAGGAAUGCAAGACGGUGCACAACGCCAAUAAGGUGAAGGAGCUACGCGCUAAGAUGGAUGCUGACGUAGGUCAGGUUCUUAAGAGGGUCAAAAUCAUUAAGCAGAAGCUCGAAGCCCUAGAGAAAGCCAACGCUAAUAGCCGUAACGUCCCGGGUUGUGGGCCCGGUUCGUCUACGGAUAGGACUCGGUCUUCUGUGGUCAGCGGUCUCGGGAAGAAGCUCAAGGACUUGAUGGAUAGUUUCCAGAGUCUACGUGCGCGAAUGAACGAUGAGUAUAAGGAAACCGUAGAGCGCAGGUAUUUCACGAUAACAGGAGAAAAAGCGGACGAGCAAACGAUUGAUAACUUGAUUGCGAGCGGCGAGAGUGAAAAUUUCAUGCAAAAAGCGAUUCAAGAGCAAGGAAGAGGUCAGAUCAUGGACACGAUAUCUGAGAUCCAAGAAAGACAUGAUGCAGUGAAGGAGAUCGAGAAGAAUCUACUGGAGUUGCACCAAGUUUUCUUGGACAUGGCGGCUCUGGUGGAAGCGCAGGGGCAACAACUGAACAACAUAGAGAGCCAUGUUGCAAAGGCGAGCUCGUUUGUGAGAAGAGGGACUGAUCAGCUCCAAGACGCGAGAGAGUACCAAAAGAGCUCGAGGAAAUGGACUUGUUACGCCAUCAUUCUCUUCAUCGUUGUCUUUAUCCUUCUUCUCAUUCCCGCUAUGCCACAUAUUAUGCUCAUGCUGAAAUGAAAUUUCUAGAGAAUUUGAUUUUUAUCAUCACAUUCAUCUCUUUGCCUAUUCCUUUUUCUUGUUUUUUGCUUAUGGGAGGGAAUAGUUAGACUAUGAUGAAACCAUGGGAAAG